CUGGCAACGUUUGUUUCUUUCGGUUGUAGCCGUUUAGCUAGCUUGUCAAAGUUAGGGGGAAAUCCAAUUUGAUGCCGAAAAUAAGCUCGGACUCGCUAUGGGAGCAGGCUGCGGCGGAGGUGCAGAGCCUGGAGGCUGCAGUCGGGGAGGAGGAGGAGGCGGUCAGCGAGAGGACCGUCUUCCUGAUGGGGAGCAAGGCUGGGGGUAAAACGUCCAUUCUCCUCAGAUGCCUCGACAGGGAUGAACCAUCCAAGCCAACUCUGGCUCUGGAGUAUACUUUUGGCAGGAGGGCCCGAGGACACAACACACCCAAAGACAUAGCCCACCUAUGGGAGCUGGGAGGAGGGACCUCUUUGUCAGACCUGGUCCAGAUCCCCAUCUCUCCGGCCAGCAUCAGGUCUCUCUCUGUCAUCCUCAUUUUGGACCUCUCUAAACCCAACGCCCUGUGGGGAACCCUGGAGAGGCUGCUGCAGGCAUCACAGGCUCAGCUGGAGAAAGUCUCUUCCCAGGCACAAAAAGCACAGAAAGCCAAACAUCAGACGCCUGUCCACUCAGCACGCGUCCUCCCGAAAGACUAUCCUGACAGAGAGCUGAUCAGUCCCUUUCCUGUUCCUCUGCUCAUCAUCGGCAGUAAAUAUGACCUUUUUCAGGAAUUUGACUCUGAUAAGAGGAAGGUAAUAAGUAAAACACUGCGCUUUGUCGCCCACUACUACGCAGCCUCUCUGAUUUUCACUAGCAUCAAGACCGAGAGCCUGAUGUCAAAAACCAAAGGCUUCUUCUCUCACAUGGCUUUCGGUCUGGACAGAGGGAAAACUGUGUGCUGUGACUGCACCAAGCCCCUCAUCAUUCCAGCAGGCUCCGACUCCUUCAGCCAAAUCGGUUCCCCUCCUGCUACUGAUGUUGACAUUACUUCUCUGCAUGCCAAAAACCCUAAGGACCUCUGGAAGAAAGUCUACGAGCUUGUCUUCCCCCAAGAGUCUACCAGUGAGCNCGGGCCUACCUCUUCCCGAGUGUCGAUGGCUGAUCCCGGGGUGGUGGCGGCGGUGCUGACCGUGGUGCUGGGGGCGGUGCCGGAGGAGCUGACGGAGUCGAUCUCGCCCGCCACGUCGUGGAUCUCACGCGCUAAGAUGGCCAGGUCCUUAGCCAGGUCCUGGCUGAUCCUACGCACACAGGGGAACAACCUGUUAACCAUCAGACAGAUGAAGGAGGUGUUUGGUGUGCAGCAGAACCAGGACUCCUCUCUUCUGUCAGACCUGGGGGGAGAAGAUAAAGGAAAGGAGACAGGAGAGACGGGGAAAGAGGCUCUCACUGGCGACUCGAGCUGGGUCUCUGAGUGGGCCAGUCUAGCUGCCAAUCACACCAGGACAGACCCGGAGGGCUCAGGAGCAGAAACAGCCGCCUUCCUCCACAAAGAGAGAGUCACUGAUGCCUUUGGGUCCGGUGCAUCCCUCAGCCGAGGUGAAUCCUCCUCCAGUCUGACGGACCGUAAGCGCAGGACCCUCCCCCAGCUCCCCGUGGAUGACCCCCGGGCUAAAUCCAGCGCCAAAGCUCUUGGUCUAAGGUCCGAGAUUGGGGAGAAACAAGACACUGAACCCCAGGAAAAAGAAAACAAGGGAGACGGGGAGUCCCCGAGCCCCAUGAGGGACGCUGACAUGACCGGUAAACGUAAACAGAGCUCCACGUCCUCGCCAUCCAAGGCUUCUCUCCGGUCCUCUGGCAGCACUGAGAGGAGGAAGAGGUCAGAGGAGAGGAAAGGAGGAGGGUCAGGAGAAGGAGGAGAGAAGUCUGGGAAACCUCUGGUGCGCCAAGGCAGCUUCACAAUUGAGAAACCCAGCGCUAAUGUCCCUACAGAGCUCAUCCCGCGCAUCAACAGAGGCGGCGGGCGCGAACGCAGCGACUCCGUGAGCAGCAUGGACACCGCCACGCUGCUGAAGGACACUGAAGCUGUCAUGGCGUUCCUGGAGGCCAAACUCAGGGAUGAAAACAAAACAGACCACAAAAGUAGUAAAAGUUCUGCCCACAAUCGGACUGAAUCCAUCUCCCCUGAGUCAGAUGUUGACACGGCCAGCACAACUAGCCAUGUGGCCGGAGAGGCGGAGAGAAAAGGCGGUGGCGAUCACAAACGGCGCUCCUUCAGCAGCAUGCACCGGGAGAAGAGCACCAUUAGCACAGCGUCCAAGACCAGCACCACCACCGCGAGUGCCCGUGACCGCUUGGAGAGGAAGACUAAAACGAGAACUACAGAGUCGACCGGCCGGACUGAUGCACGGCGCUCCGUUCAGCCGUCCUCCAGAGCCCGGCAGCCUUCCGUGGAUCUCACUGAUGACGACCAGACGUCCUCCUUCCCCAUCUCUGACAUCCUCUCCUCAGACCAGGAGACGUACUCUGGACCUAUGGGGCGCUCAGCACACGGACGUGCCUCGGAUGAUGUUCUCAAUUCCAAAUUCAAUAAAACCUCCACCAGUGGAAUGUCCAAAACCAGGAGCUCUGUGCAGUCCGCCACCUCCUCCUCCAUGAGCAAGCAGGCCGCCCUGCCUCAGCCGCGGCCCACCAGAGCCUCCCUCCUGCGCCGCGCCCGGCUGGGGGACACCUCCGACACGGACCUGGCUGACGCAGACAGGGCGUCCGUAGCCUCUGAAGUGUCCACCACCAGCUCCACCUCCAAGCCUCCAUCUGGACGGAAAGGAUUGUCGCGAUUCGACAUGCUGGCUCAGCCCCGGCGGACCCGUCUGGGCUCCAUCUCGGCCCGCAGUGACUCAGAGUGUCUGGUGACCCGGAGCUCCACCUCUUCACCCCGCCUGUCAGCAGAGACCGCUCUGCGUCUGGGGCUCCGCUCGUCAACACCAACUGAAAGCAGACUGACGCCCAGGAUGAGAGCCAACAGCGUGUCCAAACUGAAUGAGACCAAGACCAGGACCUCUGCAGCAGGGUACUGCUCGCCCACAGAGAGCUCUCAGCCCGAUCCUGAGGGCGGUGAUGCAGAGGAGGAGCUGAUGGUGGCCAGCAGNAUCAACAUGUGA